AUGCGACGUAGCCCGCCGCCCCCUACCAGAGGUUCGCUGCUGGCCAGCCGGCAACUCCAACUCUCACUGUUGUUGGUCCCCUUAGUCGCGCGCCUGCUUAGCGACUCUCCCCGGCGCAAAGCCCGCCUCCUGCACACGCUGAGCCCCCACUUCCGCUCUCGCCUCCAACCGAACAAGAUGGCUGAGGAGCCGGAGUCCGUGCUGCAGCUCCCACCUUCAGGUGCGGCUGACGGCGAAGGACCUACGGACGUCUCCCCAGGAACAGCCACUCCGGAGCCCCCUUCUUCCGCCGCAGUCUCGCCGGGAACAGAGGAACCUGCCGGCGACACCAAGAAAAAAAUUGAUAUCCUGCUAAAGGCUGUGGGAGACACCCCUAUAAUGAAAACGAAGAAGUGGGCUGUUGAGCGAACCCGAACCAUCCAAGGACUGAUUGACUUCAUCAAAAAGUUCCUUAAACUUGUGGCUUCAGAACAGUUGUUUAUUUAUGUGAAUCAGUCCUUUGCCCCUUCCCCUGACCAGGAAGUUGGAACCCUCUAUGAGUGUUUUGGCAGUGAUGGUAAACUGGUCCUACAUUACUGCAAAUCUCAGGCUUGGGGAUGAACUACAGAGAAAAAGGUCUUGAUAACUAAAAUGAAUCUUCACUAAGGAAACAGCUCUGAAAAGUUUGAUACUUGUGGCAAGAGACUUGUGGAUGUGAUCUCAGCAUGUUAUCUGCUAUGACCCAUGUUUAUGCAUUUAAAAAAUCCAUAGAGUAAAUAUACUCACAAAAAUGUGAUUUGCAUUAAUACAGAAAUCAUCAUAAAUGAUUGACAUUAGUGUAUACUCAGUACUACAACUAUUGUUCCAGAUAUGCCUCCAAGAUCCUGAAAAGACUAAGAUUGUACAAAGUGUCUUUAUUAUCAUUUCUCAAAAUGACUGAAAUUGUUUACUUGUAAAAUUAGCACUCUGUUGAUUGUUCUUCCACUGUAAAAGUCAGUUUAGUUUAGUAAAGGAACUUUUUUGAGCUUAUUCUGGAAAGUUCAAUUUGUUUAGUAUGGGGUAUGCCUUUACUCAUUUGCACUUGCACCUACAGUGUUAUCUUGUGAAACAAAAUCUCAUUGACCUGCUGGCUUUAUACCUUACGUGGUCCAGUAGAGGGCAGCACAGCUGGCAGAGAGAGAGAAAGAAAGAAAGAAAAAGACAGAGAGAGACAGAGAGAGAGAAAGAAGCAGUUUGGUUUUACAUCUUUGCCAGAUUAUAAUUGAGGGAAAAGCUGUUCUGCUCAUUUCUAACAAACAUCUAGCCAAGAGAGCAUAUAUAUUGACACACUGGAAGACUGGUUUAGAUUUAGUUAUUUUGGACAAAUGCAUCAUACUGCUCUUUCAGUCCUAUCGUUCGUUUGAUAAUUCUGGAGUCCCAAUGGUUAUAGCUGCUAUUGUGGUGAUACUCUGUCUCUUAUUUUUACAGUAUCAAAAGCACUCAAGUAAAUGUGGCAACAUCUUUGAGUUUCUUAUAAUGUAUUUUUCAACUUGAAAACACUCAAAGAAAAACUGAAAAAGAGCCUUAGUUUUUACAUGUAUUUCAUGCCCUGACUAAAAGUACCUUUUUCCUAAUGCCAUUCGAUCAGUAAUUACUUAAAGUGAGAUUUAGCUUUUUUCCUUCAUUCUGUAUUAUAUUUGUAAUGCAGCAUUAAAAGAAAACAUUCCAGUAAAUUGAAUGGAGUGUCCAAACAGGAUCUAAAGUGUGUACAAGAAUUCUAAGUGUUUAUUUUUGAAGGUAAUGGGCAUAGUAUGAUUUCAUCAGGGAACUUUGAACUAUAUGAAUGUCCGUUAAAUCCUAGAAUAUACUUUAUGGUUAAUGAUCUGCUAUACAUUAGCAUUAGGGGGUGCUAAGGAACAAUUCAGUUUAGGGUGACGAAAUUGCUGUUUAGUUCUUAUUUUCUGUCCAAGAAUGAAUUCUUAAGUUCUCUUAUACCAGUGGUCUUGUAUAAUAAAUUAAUAGUUAGUAGUUAGCACUGGAAUAAUACAGGUUGAAUUGUGAAAAUUCAUCAUGUAAGACUAGGUAAGAAAUUUGUAUAUAUGUUGAAAGCUGGAAAGUGUAUUUUCAAGUUAAAUAUAUUGGAUAUGGAAAAGA